GUUGCCAGAAGAAGACCUGGGUACAUUGCUAAAUCCAGCAACAUUCGCGUGGUCUGUGUUUGAGUCUUGUGUAUUGUGUUGUGUCUCAGCUGCGGUGAGAUUUGGUCCUUAUCAACUCCCUACGCUCUCUGUUCUUUCCCGAUAAGAAAGGGGACUUUUGGGGUCUGUUUCAUGCGGACUACAACCACUCACUGUUGAUCACCACCACGAUAGUCAGUAUUUUUUGAAUACAAACCAGCAGCGGUCUUUCUGCGGCUGACUGACCGGCCCCUGUCGAAAUCUCACACAGCUGAACAGAUAUCUCUCUGAGAGCUAUCUGCUUUGGUUUCUCUCUUUCAUUAUCUGUCUUCUCCAGUCCCUCUCUCAGCCGUCCCUCCUACUCUCUACUCUCACUAUUUCAGACCAGCAACAUGGAUCACCUCACAGUAAACGGCGACGAGCCUUUGAACCCUGCGAGACACAAACUCCUGGAGCAGAAUGUCAGAACACCUGGUCGACAACCCUCUCCUCAACCAACCCUCUUGGGAGUACCAGGAGCCUCCAGUUCAAAUCUAUCGCUACACCGUACCCUGUCAGCGGACCAUGGCCCGGGUUAUGUGGCUCCGAAGUUCGAGGGAAAGAAAGCCCAAAUGGAAGAAGUAAUGGAUCUCAUCGAAGAAAAGGGCUUCCUACCUACCGAGUUCAUUGCCUCAGAAACAGAGUGGUUCUACAAUGCUUUGGGCAUUGACGACAUGUAUUUCUCCACCGAAACGGGCGAGGCGGUCGCCAGUAACAUACUCUCCUUGUAUGCCGCAAAACUAGCUGCGUACGCUCGAGACGACAAGAAGUUGGAGAUUCGCCUGGCCAAGGAGGCUUCGGACCAUGCAGUCUACAUUGACACAAGCAAACCUGGAAUCAGCAACAUCGAGGGUCCAAGGUACGAGCAAAGAAUUGACGAGAAAUACAUUGAUGGGUCUACACCUGCAAGGAGUUACCGGGUUGAGUCGUUCAGGUCAAACAAUGCCCUCCCAGAGAAUCCAGACCAGUCGCUGCGUUGCUACUUCAUCUACCAAUGCCAAUUCAACAAUCCAAAUCCCGGCCGAGACGAGACCGACCUGGAGCAGAUUGGCGAAAAGAGGUUCCUACAGAAGGCGACCAAGAACACCAAGGAGAUCUACCAAGAGAUCAUCACAUAUGCCGUCGAAAGGAGAGGGCCAGUUAUAGAGAUGUUCGAUAUGCACGGCACUCGCGAGAAAAGAAUAGUGAUUGCAUACCGACAAGGAUCAGCAAUGGGCGUGUUCAGCGCCUUGUCUGACCUCUACCACUACUAUGGGGUCACGAGUUCGAGGAAAUACGUCGAGCAAUUUUCCAACGGUAUCACCGUCAUUUCACUCUACCUCAAGCCCGCCAGCAGUGACAUUGCCAAAUCGAGACACCCACCGAUCGAAGCUGCUAUCCAUCAGAUCAUCAAGGAGGUAUCUUUGCUGUUUUGUAUCCCCCAAAACAAGCUGCAAGGGCAAUUUGCGAGCGGCAAUCUCAGCUUACAAGAAAGUAUCUACGCCCACUGCGUACAUAUAUUUGUGCAGCAAUUCCUCAAUCGCCUCGGUUCCGAGUACACCUCUCUUGAGGCGGCCCUAAAAGGAGACAGCAGCACGAAUGCUGAACUGCUUGGCAAGAUCAAGAAGCGUCUGCGCACGGAAACGUUCACGGCAGACUAUAUCCUGGAAAUCAUCAACAAGUAUCCAGAUCUGAUCAGGUCCUUGUAUCUCUCCUUCGCGAGCACUCAUUAUGUACAAACUCGUGGCGAACAGGACGAUUUCAUCCCGACACUCAGCUACCUCCGACUGAACGUGGAGCAGGUCUUGGACGACGACAAGUUGUCAGAGAUGAUAACCCGGACUGUCACGAAUCAACACGAUGAGAUGGUCAUGCAAUACUUCUUGACCUUCAACAAAGCUGUCUUGAAGACGAAUUUCUACACCCCUACCAAGGUCGCCCUGAGCUUCAGGCUUAAGCCAUCUGAAGAGUUUUUGCCGGAGCACGAGUACCCUCAACCCCUUUACGGCAUGUUUUUGGUCAUUGGAUCAGAGUUCCGAGGUUUCCACCUACGGUUCCGGGACAUUGCUCGUGGAGGUAUCCGAAUCGUCAAGUCCCGUAACAAGGAGUUGUACGCCAUCAACGCCCGGACACAAUUUGACGAGAACUACAAUUUGGCCAACACUCAGCAGAGAAAGAACAAAGACAUCCCUGAAGGUGGUUCCAAGGGUGUUAUACUGCUCGAUUACAACCACCAAGACAAGACUCGUGUGGCUUUCGAAAAGUACAUCGACAGCAUCAUGGAUCUGCUAUUGAAGCCGACGAGUCCAGGUAUCAAGGACCCCAUUGUUGACCUCCAUGGACAAGAAGAGAUUCUGUUCAUGGGUCCCGACGAGAACACCGCAGAUCUCGUCGAUUGGGCAACAGAGCAUGCCCGAGUAAGAGGCGCGCCGUGGUGGAAAUCCUUCUUCACCGGCAAGAGUCCCAAACUCGGCGGUAUCCCGCACGAUGCGUACGGCAUGACUACACUGUCAGUCCGAGAAUACGUCCUCGGCAUUUACCGCAAGUUGAAUCUCGAUCAAAGCCAGAUCAGGAAGCUGCAGACUGGCGGUCCAGACGGUGACCUGGGGUCCAAUGAGAUCAUCCUCGGCAACGAAAAGUACACGGCCAUUGUCGAUGGAUCUGGUGUUCUCGUCGAUCCCGCUGGUUUGGACCGCCCUGAACUGGUUCGCCUGGCCAAGAACCGGGUCAUGAUCGUCGACUACGACAUUUCCAAACUGUCGCCUCAAGGAUAUAGAGUUCUGGUGGAGGACACCAACAUCACUUUGCCAUCUGGCGAGAAGGUGAACAACGGCAUGAUAUUCCGAAAUACAUUCCACCUCCGCGAUGGGUCGGCGUAUGACCUGUUCGUACCGUGCGGUGGUCGCCCCGAAUCCAUUGACCUGCAAACGGCGAGCAAGUUGAUUGUUGACGGCAAAUGCACGAUUCCUUAUAUCGUUGAGGGCGCGAAUUUGUUCAUCACGCAGGACGCGAAGUUGAGGCUCGAAAAAGCGGGGUGUAUCCUGUACAAGGACGCCUCUGCCAACAAGGGCGGCGUGACUUCGUCGUCGCUUGAGGUCUUGGCCAGUCUAUCGUUUGACGACCAGGGAUUCAUCGAGAACAUGUGCGUUGAUGCGGAUGGGACUGUCCCCGAGUUCUACAAGAGUUAUGUAGAGGAAGUGCAGAAGACGAUUCAGAACAACGCACGGUUGGAAUUCGAGGCGAUUUGGCGCGAGAACGAGACUACCGGUCUAUCCAGGUCGAGGUUGUCGGAUCAAUUGUCGCUGGCGAUUACGAAGUUGGAUGAAGAGCUCCAGAACUUUACGGAGUUAUGGGAUAACCAGCCCUUGAGGGUUGCUGUGUUUAAAGAGGCACUGCCCAAGACAUUGCAGGCCAAGGUUGGAUUGGAAAAGAUCUUGAAGCGCGUGCCGGAUAAUUACCUCAAGUCAAUCUUUGGGAGUUAUUUGGCGAGUCGCUUCGUGUACGAGUACGGCUCGACACCGAGUCAAUUUGCUUUCUUUGAUUUUAUGAGGAAGAGGAUGGCUGGGGCAAUUGCGCAUGGGCAAUGAACUGGAAGAAACGGAUGUGAUGGGUUGGGAUAAAAGUGGUCUGAUAUAGGGUGUUUCAUGGUCACGGGUUCCGUUAGGACGGCCACUAGAUGGGAUGGUCGUGGUAACGGUAACGGCGUGAGGAAAGACAAAAUAGCAGAGCAGACGAAUUUGAUGAGAUCAAGAUCCGAAA